AUGAACGCAGAAAACGGGGUUGUUUUCUUAGAAGUAGGGAAUACAAAUUUGCCCGAGACUGCACCGUGUACAGAGGCCGUGUUCGGCCCUUUGAUUCACGUGCUCAAGUACUGCGACCACCUGCACGGCAAGUGGUACUUCUCGGAGGUGCGCGCCAUCUUCUCCCGGCGGUACCUGCUGCAGAAUGUGGCCAUCGAGAUCUUUCUGGCCAGCCGAAGUGAGUGUUGGGGCGUCGCCGCGCCGCGCCGCGCCGCGCCGCCGCGCUUACGGUGUGGCAUCGGUCCCUAA